UUCAAAUUUCAAACUGAGGUAUCGUCGUAUAUAGUUGUCGUGGAAGCUAGUCUUCUCCGUAUCAAGCUCUUUGAGUGCAGAGCUUGUGCCCAUCACGAAUAA